AUGCAUUUCCUCUCGCUUGCACUGUUCAUCGGCCUUGUGACCGCAUCCCCAGUUAGCAAGCUCACCCCGAGAGCUGCCUCAUCUCCUCCACAGGGAGCUAUCGUCGUCGACCAGAGCGGUUCCGUGGCCGGGUCUUUGCCGACCGUCCAGGCCGGAGUCGAUGCCUUAUCGAAGACCUCGACCGAGCUGCAAACCCUCUACAUCAUGGCCGGCAACUACACCGAGCAAGUCUACAUUCAGCCUCUGGCGGGGCCGCUGGUCGUCCAAGGGCAGACGGACGACACCAGCUCUUACAAGGGCAACAAAGUCACCAUCAGCCAGAACCGGUCCCGCAACACCGUCGCGAAGAACGACGAUACCGCCACGGUCCGCAACUGGUCCACCAACACCAAAUUCUACAACAUCAACCUCGAGAACACGUUCGGCCACACGCCGACCAACGGCCAAGCGCUGGCGAUCUCCGCCCAGGAGACCAACCAAGGCUACUAUGGCAUGAGCUUCUUGGGCUUCCAAGACACCAUCCUGGCGAACGAGGGCAAACAGCUCUACGCCAAGUGCUAUGUCGAGGGUGUCGUGGACUUCAUCUUCGGGCAGCGGGCCUUCGCCUGGUUCGAAGGCGCCGACAUCCGAGUCUUUGAAGAGGCCGUCAUCGUAGCCAACGGGGCCGCGACGGAAGGGGCUUCGAAGUUCGUGAUCAACAAGUCGAACGUCGCGGCCCGCGACGCCAACGUCCAGAAGGGGACCGCCCACCUGGCCCGGCCCUGGAAGGAGUUCUCCUACACGGUCUUCCAGAACACCGAGCUCAGCGAUGUCGUCGACCCGGAAGGCUGGAGGGCCUGGAACGAGGCGACGCCCAACACGGCCUCGUCGACGCUGGCGGAGUUCGGCAACACCGGGGCCGGGGCGGGCGACAAGAGUACUCGCGCUCCGUUCGGCCAGUUCUUGCAGGCGCCUAUUGCGAUCGAGGACGUCUUGGGCAGUGGCUGGGAGAAGGAGUCGUAUGUCGACAUGGCGUACAUGUCCUAG